AUACACUCUCUCCCAUCAUAAAUAAGUCAUUCAAGUUCCCAUGCUACAUGGAACACGAGCCAUAGUUUUAGAGAGACAGAGAGAGAGAGAGGAGGGAGAUAGAGAGAGGGAAAGAGGAAAAAAGGGGGAUGGAGAAAAAGUUUUUAGUAGUUUGCACAGUUGUGGGGUUUCUAGGGCUGCUAUCUGCUGCUUUGGGUUUUGCUGCAGAAGCCAAAAGGAUAAAGAGUUCUCAGGUUAAAUUUACCUCUCCUUCUGUAUGUGUAUACCCUAGGAGUCCAGCUUUGGCUCUUGGAUUAACUGCGGCAUUGGCUCUUGUUAUUGCUCAAAUUGUCGUCAAUGUUGCAAGUGGGUGUGUUUGUUGCAGGAAAGGCCCUCAUCCAUCAAACUCUAAUUGGACACUAGUGCUGGUCUGCUUUGUUGUCUCCUGGUUCACCUUUGUUAUAUCGUUCCUUCUUUUGCUGACGGGUGCAGUACUUAAUGAUCAACGAGGUGAAGAGAACAUUUACUUUGGCUACUACUCCUGCUAUGUUGUAAAGCCUGGUGUCUUUGCCGGGGCUGCAGUCUUGUCCCUUGCAAGUGUUGUUACCGGUAUUAUCUAUUAUCUUUCAUUGACUAAAUCAAAGAUCAGAAAUGAUCCCUGGGGUGGACUUGCUGCUCCUAGUCAGAGCAGCAUCGCGAUGGCACAACCCCAGUUCCCUUCACAAAAUACUCAAGAUCCUGUUUUUGUGCAUGAAGAUACAUAUAUCAGGAGACAGUUCACUUGAUCAUUUUUUAUGGUGUAUGACAACAUGCCCUGACCAUCAACAGAAGGAAUCUCCUUGAUUCAAAGUUUUCUUUGGGGUUUGGCGGGGGAGGUCUAAUGGACUACCAACAGUCACCUUUUUCGUUUUUCCUUUAAUAGAUUUCAAGAUAAAAAUGCUCCUUUAGAUUAUGUAUUUCUUAAAGAACAGAAUGUAUUUCUGUUGUAUAUUAUACAGAUGGUUUUAGAUGCAAGAAGACCAUCAUUGUUAUUGUUUAUGCAUGGCAUAGAUUAUGAUUGGUUGGCCAAACUGAACUGAACUUAUCAGGUUCGUGAAUUGGGUUUGUUUAAUUGAAAUUGAAAUAUCUUCA